AGGCUGCGCCGGGCGGCUCGGCGAAUCCCCCGGCAUCCGCCCCGGCGGGCCGCCCCCGCCCGCGGCAGCUCCCCGAGCAGCGGCCCGGCACCGGCGCCUUCCCGGCGGGCAAGUGAAUCAUGGAGCUACGAGUGGGGAACAAGUAUCGCCUGGGGCGGAAAAUUGGGAGCGGGUCCUUCGGAGAUAUCUACCUGGGUGCCAACAUUGCAUCUGGUGAAGAAGUGGCCAUCAAGCUGGAGUGUGUGAAAACGAAGCACCCCCAGCUGCACAUUGAGAGCAAGUUCUACAAGAUGAUGCAGGGGGGAGUGGGGAUCCCAUCCAUCAAGUGGUGUGGAGCCGAGGGUGACUACAACGUCAUGGUCAUGGAGCUGUUGGGACCCAGCCUUGAGGACCUUUUCAACUUCUGCUCCCGCAAGUUCAGCCUCAAGACGGUACUGCUCCUGGCCGACCAGAUGAUCAGCCGUAUCGAGUACAUCCACUCCAAGAACUUCAUCCACCGGGAUGUCAAGCCUGACAACUUCCUCAUGGGGCUGGGAAAGAAGGGCAACCUGGUGUACAUCAUCGACUUCGGCCUGGCCAAAAAGUACCGGGACGCCCGCACCCACCAGCACAUCCCCUACCGGGAAAACAAGAACCUGACUGGCACCGCCCGCUACGCCUCCAUCAACACGCACCUGGGUAUUGAGCAAAGCCGCCGAGAUGACCUGGAGAGCUUGGGCUACGUGCUAAUGUACUUCAACCUGGGCUCCCUGCCCUGGCAGGGCCUCAAAGCGGCCACCAAGCGCCAGAAGUACGAGCGGAUCAGUGAGAAGAAGAUGUCGACGCCCAUCGAGGUCCUGUGCAAAGGCUACCCCUCCGAGUUCUCAACAUACCUCAACUUCUGCCGCUCCCUGCGGUUCGACGACAAGCCCGACUACUCCUACCUGCGCCAGCUCUUCCGCAACCUCUUUCACCGGCAGGGCUUCUCCUACGACUACGUCUUCGACUGGAACAUGCUCAAAUUCAUGCAGCCCCCCUCAUGCCAGCCCCCCGCCCUUCCCUGUGGAUGGCACCAGGACCAACUAGGGUGCAGCCCGGAACCCCGAGGACAUGGACCGGGAGCGGCGAGAACACGAGCGGGAGGAGCGGAUGGGGCAGCUGCGGGGGUCCGCGACCCGGGCCUUGCCCCCUGGCCCCCCCACAGGGGCCACUGCCAACCGGCUCCGCAGUGCCGCCGAGCCCGUGGCUUCCACCCCAGCCUCCCGCAUCCAGCAAGCUGGCAAUACUUCUCCCAGAGCAAUCUCACGGGUCGACAGGGAGAGGAAGGUGAGCAUGAGGCUGCACCGGGGUGCACCCGCCAACGUCUCGUCCUCCGACCUCACUGGGCGGCAAGAGGUCUCCCGUAUUUCAGCCUCACAGACAAGCGUGCCGUUUGACCAUCUCGGGAAGUGAGGAGGAGCCACCAUCUGACCAGUGUUUGCUUAGUGUCUUCACUGUAUUUUCUUUUAAAAAACAAAAAAAAGAUGGAAAAAAAAAAAAAACCGCUCGAAAGAACAAAAAGAAAAAACCCAGCACAAAACCGACGAUGGAUUUUGUUUGAUUUUUUUUUUUUUCCUUUCGCCAAUGGCAAGAAGAUGGGGUGCUCUCCCCGUGAGGAUUCUUGUCUCCUGCAUUCCCCACUGCCCCAACCGUCAGGCUGCCAAACGCUUUUCCGACGCCAGGCUACACAUGCCAAAUGCCAAGGCCCUACCCGACCACCCAUACCGUGCCAGCCACCACGCAGGCGCCAGCUGGCCAGGGACCGUCUCAGUGUCGGAGACGCAGUUGAUCAUCCCGUGCCGUCGGGAGGGGCCCGAGGAGCGGGCGCGGCGGUGGGGGAGGGUCUGGCUGGGGGAGGCAGCAGGCUUCGUGCCACCAGGUGUUCCUGAGCCCCAGGACUGCAGGACACACCCAUGGCCCACCGCCUCCAAGAUGAUAGUGGCCGGCUUUCUGUGUUGGGCUUUUUCCAGUGUUCCCUGAGCAUUUGGGUCCCUCCUGUGCCUCUCCAUGAAGACCUUGCAGAGUGGGUGAAGAGGUGGUGGGGCUGAGAGUUCUUGUGCGCGUGCGUAUAUGUCUGUGACCUGUAUUUUCCUGGACAGCAGGUGCUCCAGCCCCACCUGCCAGGCCGCUUUUCUGUUCUCCUCCCCCUGACAAGGACAUGGGGGUGGGCACUGACCCCCCAGGUCCCUCAAGAGGGGGACACAGAGGAUCCUCACUAUGCCCAACCCCCAGACUGUCAUCAGCCUGUGGCAACCCCUUCCCACUCUUAGGGCAGAGUCCGUGGAGACCACUUCCACAGAGCAUCUGGCUCUUGGGUUAUAAAUUCAUUCCCAGGCCCUGACAGUUACCUGGGGUCCCCACUUUCCCUGGCUUCCACCUCUCUGAGGAGGAGCCUGGGGUCAGGCUGAGUGUGGGUUUCUCUAUCCUUCCUAGUUCUGACCUGUUUUUUGUUUUUAUUUUUGUUUGUUUUCUCCGUGUGUGUAUUUCCUAAUUUAUUUACCUUUGUUUCCCCUUGUUUUCUUUUCUUUUUUUUAAUUAAAGAGCAAAGCUUUUUAUUACUUUGUAAUUUAAAAAACUGAAAAAAAAAAAUACUGAAGAACUUUGGGGGGAAUUUUGUACUUUUUUCCUGUGUAAAUAUUGGACUUUUUUGAGCUUUAUUGUGGUUGUUAAUUUGAAGUAAUAAAGUAGAAAAGGAUAAA